UCCAAGUAGCCAAAACAAAAUUCAUACCAAUAUAAGAGAUUGGGCUGUUCGAGUUUAGAGCUACUUAUAGGUGAAAGAGAACACCAUGAUGCAUACAUAUAAGAGACUCUCCUUUGUGCUUUUAGACAUACGAAGAAAGAAAGAGGAGAUCGACAUGAAGAUGAGAGUUUUUCUGAUGGUGGGUAUCAUUGCAAUUCUUAUCUCUACAGCUACAGCUAUACCGGGAAUUGCCACUUUUUACACUCAAUAUGUUCCAUCUGCAUGCUACGGCAACCAGAGCCAAGGUGUCAUGGUUGCAGCAGCUAGUGACACCUUUUGGAACGGUGGUGCUGCAUGCGGGAAAUAUUACAAUGUUAGGUGCACAAGAGACCAUAAUGUUACAGUGAAAAUCGUCGAUCACUGUCCGGAUUGCUCAUCAACCAUCGACCUCUCUCGAGAAGCCUUUGCCAAGAUAGCUAAACCUAUGGCUGGAAUAGUAAUCGACAUUGAUUACCACCAGGUUGAAGUCACUCAAAGACUAGACUAAUGCUCAAGCUGUUGGAAACUGUUGUAACAAUAUUGUACCUUAUAAAACAAAUUAGAUUAAGAC